AGUUAAAUUCUUUUUUAAGGCAUCUUUAAAGAAAAAAUCCAAACUAAAAUAUUUGUAAAAUUGUUUUGGUAUAAAAUCAUAACAUAAUACCACAUUCGGCACGCAUAGUACAUAAAUUACCACAGAAUGGCACAAAUUCGACCAUUGGCACCCGAAUUGGCUGCGGUGGCCGCUGCCGAACUCAACGAAGUGGAAUCACGUAUUGCCGGUGAUAUUGUCGAACUGCGUCAGUGGAUCGAAGAACAACCGUACUUAACAACGCGCACUGAUGACCAAUUCCUUGUGGGCUUCCUGCGUUUCUGCAAAUACAAUAUGGAUGACACAAAGAAACGCAUCGAGUACUAUUACACAUACAAAUCAACAGCCGGUGAUUUUCUGAAGAGCCGACGCAUUGACGAUAAAGUUUAUGGCAUCUGCCGUGCGGGCAUAUUCGCAACACUUCCGAAGCCGGUGGGUCCGGGCGGUCCACGCAUACACUUCACACGCAUGGGCCAAAUUGAUACUUCACUCUAUACGGCCAAAGAUAUCUUCCGUUUCAUAAUGUUCCGCUCAGAAAUUGAGGCCAACACCGAUGAUAAUUGGAUUAUUAGUGGUGUAUUGGAGAUAAUUGAUUUCUCUAAAAUUCCAUAUGCGUUAUUGCGUCAAUUCGAACCGAAUUUAUUUAAAAAAAUGGCCGCAUUCUUAGAAUACGGCGUGCCAACCAAUCUAGUAGGAACACACAUCGUAAAUGCUUCCAUGGAUGCGCAAAUUAUAUUGAAUUUAGUGCGUCUCGUUAUGAAACAAAAAGAAUUGCUCCACAUACACUCAUCGCUGGAGUCACUGCAUAAAGCCAUUGGUAAGGAGUACCUGCCUGUCGAAUAUGGUGGCACUAAUGGCACCUAUGAAGAGGCUAUGACACAUUUCGAACAACAGCUCAAUGAAUUUAGCGACUAUUUCGAUGAGGAUGAAAAGUAUGGCGUUGAUGAGAAAUUGCGAGAAAUUCAGCCUGCUGUUGGAACAGUAGCUGCUAAAGAGACGCCACCUUCACCAGCAUCGCCGCCAUCGCCUAAAUGUGUGAGUGUACCUGAAGGGUCCUUUCGUAAAUUGAAUAUCGAUUAAAGUAAAGAAGAAAAUUUUGUUUGCAAAAUAAGAGUAAUUAACAAAACAAAACUGCUAUAUAAAAAACUAAGUGCGAUAUAAAAAAAAAUUAACUAAGGUGUAGCAGCAGAAAAAAAAAAUAAUAUUAACAACAGUAUGAAACAGCCGACUCUGGCUGCGGCGUAAAUAAAUAUUAAACUAUUUUGCGUUCUUCUGUGCGUUCGUUUAAUAAGUAAAAAACAACAACAAACUAACACAAGUAAAUCAACUACUGCGUUAAUAUUCAAACAAAAAUAUUAAAUGAGAAUAUUAGUGUUAUUUAGUGACAUAUUUAUACCUGAGUUUUCAUACAAAGAAAAAAAAGAAGAAAACAGCCGAAUUAAUAUACACAUACAACAACCAGGUUUUACGAAAAUUUAAUAGUAAAAUGUUAUGAAAACCACAGUACACGGACAC